AUGAAGUCUGAUUUUGUUAUCUGCCUGAGGUUCGCGGAUGAUGUUAGCAUUGGAUUCCCGAAUAAUUUCCGACUGCGUGCAUCAGGAAUCAAGACGGACCCACCUCGACGAAUCCGGCCUGUCGCUCAUCACCCUGGGCCGAGCGGGCUGCUGGUUACAGCUGUGAUCAGAUUAUAUCCGUCCGGAAUAUCAAUCAAACCCCAGCUCCGAUCAGCCAGCAGCAGCAGAAGCACCAGCACCAGGGAUCGUCGGAUCCCUUCAGCUGCUGCUGGCUGCAAGAGCAUCAGCAACCGAGACGCGAGGCAUCCGGUGACGAAGGAGUUCCGCUCUGCUCCUGGCGAGGAAUCAAGCAAACCGGAAACCCACCGUGAAAUGCGCGAAGCACCGACAAAAUUCAGUGAAGCAUUCGAUUCUGUUCAAACGGAUUUCUGCGCGGGAAUUAAAAAUAGCCAAGACCGAAACCUGUCGCUAGGGUAUCACCUCCCUGGCACCCAUCUCACGAGGAUCGGGAAUCGGAAGCGGAACCAGGCCGUGUUCAAAUCAAUUUCCCAGAAGCUCCUCGUACUCCAGACCCAGUACGAAAACACACCCGUGAUCAGAGACGAGCUCGGCUGGAAGCGCAACCCGUCACUGACGGGAAGUGGGAACCACUCGUCGGAAUGCUUGGGAUCCUCGACGUGCUGCUACCGUCAACGUCAGAAGCCCGAGAAGGCAGGGGCGACACCAGCGGCGUCCCAGCAGCAAGCAGCUUACGACACUGCGAGUAAAUCAUGCACUGAGCUGCAACAAGGGCCUAAAGAAGAAGAAGAAGAAGAAGCAGCAGCAGCAGUGGAGACUGAAGCAAGGACUUCCGCAGAUACUCGCAUUCGGGGACAAAGCUUGCUUCGCGAUGCGUUGUGCUUCCUGUUCGGCGCGAUUAUCUUCAACCUCGUACGCGUCUUUGUGUCGUCUCAUCAAGACAUGUUCCGCCCCUGGGGCGUUCCUACUUGACUCGGAAAAUAAAGAUGAGAAAAAUAACGUGGGGAAAAAGAAAA